AGUUGAGAGUUAGUCAGUUGUUUUGAGGUGAGGUUGAGCCCCACACUGUCUCUAUAAAUUGCAUCAUAAAAAGCCCAUUUCACGUGGAUUCUGAACCAAUGGGACAGUACCACCCACAAUAAUAUCAACCCUAUAAUUCACUCCCCCACUCCCCACUGAUCUCCACUCAUCAAUAUAUAUACAUUUCUACUCCCAUUCCAACCAACAUCUAAAACGUAACCCUCCCUCUUCACCAUUUCCCAUUUCUUCCCUUUUUUUUCUCUCUAAAAUUAUUGAGCCCAACCCACCAUAGAUCCAGAAAAACAUCAGCUAAAUUAUAGUCAUGGAACAAGGAAGUUAUGAGCAGCUUCACUAUCAACAGAACCACCACCGUUCAACCACUUUUCCUCUCCAGCUGUUAGAGAAGAAGGAAUACGAUUCUCAUUCUCAGCUGGAGCCGGAACUUCUGGCUGAGACUUCGAAGAAGCCCUCUUCAAAGAGGACCACCACCAAAGACCGCCACACUAAAGUCGACGGUCGUGGCCGCCGCACCCGAAUGCCUGCUCUUUGUGCUGCCAGAGUUUUCCAGCUCACCCGCGAGCUCGGCCACAAAUCCGACGGGGAGACCAUCGAGUGGCUCCUUCAGCAGGCCGAGCCCGCCGUGAUCGCCGCCACGGGUACCGGCACCAUACCUGCAAACUUCAACUCUCUCAAUACGUCGCUAAGAAGGUCCGCCACAAGCAUCUCUUUGCCAUCCCAACUAAGAUCCUCGUCUUACUAUCAUCCGGGAGUGAUACCGUUCAACUCUCAAUUACCAAUAAAUAUGGGUGAGAUGACGCAAGCAAAAGAGGAUCACUUGGGCGGCCAAGAUCCACACCGUCAAAUGGGGAGCUAUUUGCUGCAGCCCAGCGCAGGAGCAGGGGCGAAUAUUCCGGCGAACUUUUGGAUGCUUUCCGACGGAAACUCCGCCGAGUCUUUGUGGAGGCUUCCAAUUAUUCCAUCGCUCAAUAAUCAAGACGGAACAGCCUCCGGCUCCGGCGGAUUGCGUUUAACGAAUCUGGCCGGUGGUCCACUGACGCUGCUGCCGGGGAAGCCUUUGGCAUUGGGCCCCACUGACGGCGGAACGAUCAUCAACCAAGCACACUUAAAUAUAUACGCCGCUCAAAACCCGCCGCAGGGAGCGCUGCCGGACACCGGCGUCUCGUGAUCGGAAACUAUUUUCCUUUUUCAUAUAUGACGUGAGAGAGGUUAGACUUUAGAGAGAUGCUUCUUUUUAUUUCUCAUAUAUAUAUAAACUUUAUUAUUAGAUUACUAUUAAUUUCUAA